UUUCACUUUCGUUCCUGAUCAAGCAAGCCUUUGCCUCCAACGAGUAUUACAGCAAUGGGGCGAUUUGUUAGUGGCGAUCUCCCAAAUUAGUCGCCGGACAGUCCACCAUCCUCGGUCCCAGCUCCACCCACUCCACCCAAACCCUAAUCCACUCUCUCAGUCCCAGAGAUGCCCACCACCACUGUCACGGCCGCCGCCACCACCCUCCUCUUUCUUCUCGCCAUCUUCUCAAGCACCGGUACGUCAACCCCAAUCGUCGGAUUAGACUCCUUCCUCACCCAACAAUACCGCCUCGACCCCCAAGGCACAAACGACUCCUUCCUCUCUCUCCCCUCCUCCGUCAAGAAAUCUCUUUCCCCCUCCGCCGCCGCCACCACCUCUGCCCUCAUCUCCUCCCUCCUCUCUCUCGACCUCUCCGUCUCCCUCCACGUCAAGCUCGUCGGCUCCUUCCCUUCCUCUUCUCCCUCCCUUCUCCAAUCCUUCCUCUCCGCCUCUCUCUCUUCCGACCACUUCCACAUCAUAUCCCCCUUCGAUCACAGCCUACAUCACCUCUCCCUCAAGCACUCUCUCAACCUCGACGUCUCUCUCUCCUCCCUCUCCACCCGCCUCUAUGACGCCAUCCGCUCCGAGAUCGCUCUGACUGUCUCCAGUCUUAGAUCGCCUCUGCACUCCAUCCACUACGACGUCGUCGAUCGCAUCAUCAAACAGGACUUCGAAAAGGAAAAACCCGUUCAAGGUGUGUAUGUGUAUUUGCUCAAUUUGGGUUCUCAAUCGAAACCUUAUGCGUAUAAUUACGGCCGCGGAGAGUCAUCGCCAGCGUUUACCAAGUGUUAUGGGAGCUUUUGGACUGGAAAAGAGCGGUAUUUGUGGGUAGAUUUGGCGGCGGGGCCUGUGGACUACGGGCCGGCAUUGUCGGGAGAUGGGGUUUUGCCGAGAGGCGAGUUUCACCCCUUAGCAGCGUUACACGGUCGGCCCAAAUCACAGAAGUCGUUGCUUGCUGAUUUGGCGUCGCUGGUUUAUAGUGCGUAUCAGGUUCUUCUUGUUCCCUCUUUGAGAAUUUCUGUGCCUUUUGAGAAUUCACUGAUAGUUCAGUUCAUUCAUGUGUAUGGCUUGGAAAGCAAGGAUCCAUAUGGUUUGGACUGGAAGUCUAUUGAAAGAACGUUCAUGGAUGAGGUCAAUGAUGGUGGAUUGUUGCUGGGUGAUCAGUCUUUGAGUUUUAAAACUUACAGUGUGAAUUUUGCAGACUGCCAAAUCUGUUCAUUUGCAAUUUCACGGUCGAUCAAUUCAUACACAUCAAGGUUUUUGUUUGAGAACUAUACCUUGAUUGUUAGUGAGUACUUAGACUCCAAGCGUUUGCAUCAGAUAUUGUCUGAUUCGGCUGAUGAGUUUAGGAAAUUAGCUGGUUUCCCCGAGGAGGAUUUUGGGCGGGUUCUUCCAGUUUAUGUUUUUGAUUUGGAUUACAAUACGCUGUUGUUGCUUGAUCGGUAUCACCAGUCUGUUGCUUUUAAAGACAUGGUUAUUGCAGUUAGGACAAAGAAUACACAGACUGUAAGUGAUUAUAGCUGUAAUGGCCGCCAUGUAUUUACACAGACACGAGAGCUUGAGCGGCCACUCAUUGGUUCAAUUUUACAGAGUAUGUGGGGUGUUUCGCCAACCCAUUUGAUGUGGAGCCCCAGCCAUAAUAGUACCUUGGUGGACUAUACAUGGAGUGUUGGGCAGACACCAUUUGGGCCAUUUUCAGAUAUUUCAUCUCUGUCAUUUGUGCAGAAGGAUGCAGCUCGGAGGAAUGUUCUUUUGACUUCCUUAAAUUUCACUAUUACAAGUGCUAUUGAUGUCCUUGAAUCAAUAGCUGCACAUGGUGGGGACAGAAAUCUCCUUAAACAGAACAAAUAUGCUGAAUUCACUCAGAGGUGGAGCCUGCUCAAAUACAAGCUAGACAAAGCUGUUUCUGCAUUGUCACAUUUGGAUUUUGAGAUGGCUUUGUAUUUCUUGAGAUCUUCGGACCACGACCUUUAUGCCAUCCAUUCGGUUGUUUAUCAAGCAUCUCAAGAACUAGAGGCAUCACUUGUUUGUUUCAAGGACCCUCCAUUUCCAUGGGCUUCAGUUUCUAUGUCCACCAUAGGUUUCUUUGCCCUAUUUUAUGUUUAUGCAAAACGAGAUAAACUUUUUAGAAAUAAAAGAAAACAGUUUUGAAGGUUUCAAAGCAACAGAAGCUUGUAUCAGUUCAAGGCAAUACAACUUGUAUGUCUGUAAAAGAGGUAUGAUGUGAGAUUGGAAACUAGAUUUCCCUUUUGAUCAAGAUAUGUAUUCUGGGUCAUAACAGCUUUCUGUGCUUAACUGUUUUCAAUUUCACUUUAACAUUUCUCAGGCUUCCAAGUUGAUUUUAUAGAUUACCCAAUGAUUUUGGGCUUUCUAAGUUCUAAUAUUAUUUGUCCAAUUUGUUGUAAUAACUGAGCAUUUGGUGUUGCCAAUUAUAUAUGUACGUUUUAGAUUGCUUUCCAUGAAAA